AUGUAUAUUUAUAAUAAACAAAAUAUGUAUCUACAUAUGAAUAAUAAAAUAAAUAAUUUCGAUAAUACAUAUAAUAAAUAUUUUAAAAAUAACACAUUAAAAGAUAACCAGUUAAACAACUUGAAUAAAUUUAAAUGUCAAGAACCUAAUAAUUUAUAUGAUAACAUUAAUAAUAUAAAUAAAAGAAAUAGUAAUUUAAUAAAUUAUAAGAUGGGUCAGAGAAAUGCAAAAAUACAACAAAAUGGAAUAUAUGAUAUAAAGAAUGAUAUAAUAUAUAAUCAUAAUAAUAUUAAUAAUAGAUAUAAUAAUAUGACUUAUAAUAAUAAUGAUAUAAAACCAUCUAAUUUUAAUAUGAAUAAUAUUAAAAUAUUAGAUGAAGAAGAAGAAAAAAAAGAAAAGGAAAAUUAUCAUAUAAACACAUAUCAUCCAUAUCAUAACAAAAAUUUAAAUAAUAAUAAUAAUAAUAUUCCAUCUGUUUUUAAAUAUGAUGAUAUUAUAAAUAAUAAUGAUUAUAAGAAUUUCAACAUAGAACAUAACCACAAGCAUAUAAAUUAUUUUAAUAGUAAUACUAAUAAUAUAAAUAAUAAUAAUAAUAAUAAAAAUAAUAAUAAUAGUAAUAAUAAUAGUAAUAAUAGUAACAAAUUUAAUCUUUUAAAUAGUGCAAAAAAUUCUUACACAUGGUCAGAUAGAUUUAAUAUAAAAAAUAACAAUGAAAAUAUUGAUUCAAAUAAAAAAUAUUUUGACAAUAUAUAUCAAAAUCCUUAUAGAAAUAAUCAAAAUAUAACAAGUAAUCAGAUUAAUCAUGAUAUGAAUAAUGAACAAAUAAAUACAAACCAGUUUAAUAAUAUAUAUCGUAAUAAUAAAUUUACAAAGACACACGAUAUAAAAAAUAAACAAGGGCAAUUAGGAAAUAAUGCUUAUCAUUUUAACCACACAAAUAAUAAUAAUAAUAAUAAUAAUAAUAAUACUUAUAAUUAUAAUAAUAAUUAUAAUAAUAAUUAUAAUAAAAAUGUUGAUUUAAUAAAUUCAAAAAAAGAAAAAAAUAAUGACAUUGAUGAUAUUAUAAAAAAAUAUACUACAGAUAAAGAUAACAGAGAUGAUAAUAAUAAGUUUAAUUGUUUAUAUGCCAACAAUGAUGUUCUUAAUGAUAUUCUAAGAAAUAGUAACAAUAAUAAUAAUAUCAAUAAUAAUUAUAGUAAUAAUAUAAAUAAUAUAAAUAAUAAUAAUUAUAGUAGUAAUAAUAAAACGAAAUUAUUCACCUUUAACAGUUCAUCCUUACGAAAUAAACAAAAAGAUGAUGAAGAAAAGAAGAGAGAAAAAAAAUUGAAUUUAUUAAAAAAUAUUAUAGUUAAUAAUCCAAAUAAAAAAUGCAAUAUGAGCUUUCAUGACGAUUUUUAUGAUAGCAUAGCUCAAGAUAAUUUUUAUAUAAAUACAAGUUCUAUAGUUGAUUAUAAUGAUGUGCAUAAUAAGAAUUAUAAAUAUAAUCAUAUGAAAGAUGAUAUAAAUGAUCAUGAUAAAAAUAUAUACAAAAAAAAUGAACACAAUAAUAUAUAUGACAAAAAUAUUUAUGAAGACAAUGAAAAAAAUGAAUAUGAUAAAAAUAAAAUCUUUAAUUUUUUAUAUGACGAUCUUAAUAUACUUGAUAAAAUGAAUGAGACACCAUAUAUUAUGAAUAAACAUAAAAUUUAUAAUGAAAAUAUAUAUAAUGAACAAGAUAAUAAUAUUAUGACUAUAGACAAAAAUUAUGAUCAUUAUUCAUAUGAUAAAACAUAUAAAAAAAUGAAUAAUCUAAAUGAUAUUGAUUCAAUAAAAAAUAAAGAAAAUAAUUUUCAUUUAUUAAAUAAUCAUAUAAAUAUAUAUGAUCAUAUCAAAACUGGAAUAAAUCAAGGAGUAGAUAUUUUUCAUACACCCAUGAGGAAUAAUAAUAUUAAUAAUAAUAAUUAUGAAGAAGAUUUUUAUCAACAUAAAAAUAAUAAUAUUAAUAAUAAUAUUAAUAAUAAUAAUAAUAAUAAUAAUUACAAUAUGUCUGUCAACAAAAAUGAGAAACAGCUGUUUCAAUUUAAUAUGUUUGAAAAUGAUUAUAAAAAUGAUGCUAAUAAAUAUGAUGCUAAUAAAUAUGAUGCUUAUAAAAAUGAUGUUCAUAAAAAUGAUGCUUAUAAAUAUGAUAGUCAUAAAUAUGACAGGUGCAAUGUGAACCACCUAGGAUACAAAUAUAAUGACAAAGGACAUGAUUAUUAUGAUGAAAAUGCAGGCAAAAUAUCACCGUUUGAUAAAUUCUAUGAUAAUAAAAAUCAUAUAAAUGAAAAUAAUUUAAAUUUUUUUGAACAGAACAAAAUAGGAGGGAAUAACGGAAGGAAUUCUUUUUUAAAAAAUUCGAAUCUUUUAUUUGAUGAUAUGGAUCAAUAUAAAAAUGAAAAAAGUGAUAGAAAUGAUAAAAAUUAUCUUAGUGGAAUAGAAAGAAAAAGUUAUUUAAAUAAAAAUAAUAAUCCAAUAAAUAAUAAUUGGAAAAAAAAUGAUCAAAGUGAAUUCCUCUUUUUAGAUAAUGCAAAUGAAAUAAAUAUUUUUAGAAAUACAGAUAGAGCUAAUGAUAAUUUCACACAAGAUAAUUUUUUAAAGACAAAUACAAAUAUAAUAGAAAUGAAUAAGAUAUUGAAUAAAUAUAAUAAUGAUGAUAAAUUAAAUAUUGUAGAUAAUUAUGAUAAUAAUACAUUGUAUAUGAACAAAAUGAAAAGCACAAACAAUCACCAUAAUGAUCAUAUUAAUAAUAAU